AUGUUCGCCUGUGGUGUGAGUGGCUUUGUUUACAUCGUACUCUAUCACCGCGAUUGGCUGAACAUCUCCUUUUUGAAAAGCCUUGUCAUCACUAUCAGUCACAUAUAUGCACUUACCUUGGCUCUCUGGUUGAUGGCAUAUGGUUUAGUGCAUCUACCGAGGCAGAUUUGGGAGAAUGCCGGACAUUACGAAGAACGACUACAGAAAGCAUAUAUAAAACUUCCGGCUCUAAAGGAGAAGAUGGAGGACUCCAAAUUUGAAUUGACUGAUUUAUCCGCCAGAAUAGCCACUCUUGAUGGUUUGGACCCUCCCAUAGAGUAUAGGGACUGGUGUUUGCAGCUUAUCAGAGACGUUCCAGAUGAAUUCAAUACUGGCAGUCAACAUCACUCGUACACUUUUGCAACUGAGGAUCCUUUGACUACAAGCGAUAUUACUCGGCAUACUUUACACGAGCUUUCCCUCAAAUUGCAUAGGCUUAAGUGGAGUUAUAACCAUAAUUUGAUUACUUAUGAGCAAAGGAUUCAUGAGACUAUCCGACUUGAAGACGAGGUGAAUUCUAAACACUUGGGAGAACUCAGCUAUAGAGAUGCGGGUGAAUCGAGAGGUCACAACGCUUGGCUUACUAGAAACUCCAAGUAUAACUACACUUGGGCUAACUACAUAACGCCUAUUGGCGGAACAGUUUUGGCUCUUUGCAUAACGUUAAUCUCUGUGGUGGUUGUGGAAAGUGAAAUUUUCCAUGGAAUUCGCAUCUCUUUGAUAAGAUUAGCAACAAAUUCGAUCACAAAACACCCUGCCGGUGUCAGUAUUAUGGCAAUAAUGGUGGUUUGCAUUCCUUUCUUAACAUAUAUGCUUGUUUGUGCCUUAACAUCAUUAUUCCAGGUGAAGAUUUUUGACAUAUACCACGUGGAAUCUAAUCAGAGUUCUGAUCCGGUGUCCUUGAUAUUUUUUGUCAGCUAUGCCUGUAGGCUUACAAUUCCUCUUUCCUACAACUUUCUUAUGCUAUUGGACACAGAUUUUGCCAAGGAAUCCAGCUUCCAGAAGUUUCUUGGUGGCUCGAUAAAAUUGAUCUCGUUAGGUAAGUUCUUGAAUGAUCUUCUUCCAAGACUUGUUGUCAUUCCUAUGUGUCUCACCUUUUUCCACGUUUGGGACAAAGUGAGGGACAAGCUGAGAGGAAAUUUCCUUUUCGAUUAUUUGUUCGAUGAAUUUGACUUUUACGAUUCUGAUGAAAACGACCAGGAUGAAAACCAGAACCAGAACCAGAACCAGAACCAGAGUCAAGACCAGGCACAGAUACAUAUAAACAAUGAAGACAACAUUGGUGUCUCUAGAGACAUCAGCUUGGCUCGAGAGGGUAAGCAAAUCGUUCAGCAAUAUGUUGAUGAUGUUGAUUAUAAUACUCCUCUUCGCACCUUUAACAUUACCCAAAGAAUGGUAGUAGUUGACGAAGCAUCUGACUUGGAGACGUCCAAUUGGUUGAGUCAAAUAGGGGAAGGUGUGAAAGGUCUUUUCUCUAAAUUGAGAUUGAACACGGAUGGUGUGGACCAUCUACGUACGUACAAUUUACUCUCUGGUCAUGAGGGUGGUAGAAUAGCGUUGGACGCUGACGAUAGUAGAGCUUCGAGGAUUAGUUCAGACUCCGGGAUAUCGCUAAGCACUACUUACGAUUCAGACAAUGCAAUAUUACCCGAUGAGGAUAUUCGAAAUAUGGGAGACGAACAGAGGUGA